AUGGUCCUCUCACGGCGAGCGGUUCUCUUCCUCGGGUUCUGCUUCUUCACCUUCGUCUUUCUCACAGCGCGCACCUUACGACAACCCCACGCAUGGGAGUCCGUCCCGCAGGCCAUUGGCCUGGGAGAAUAUCUUCCCUCCAAUCCCCAUGGCUCCGGGGCCAGUACAAACUGGUCCAUGGCAUAUAAUGUUAGCACCGGUCAUAUAAAACCAUCCCCUUGGGUUCCGCGACCAAAUUUCGUCACCGGAAUUCCCAAACCACACGGCACAAAGUAUACAAAACGGCUCGUCGUGCCGCGGACAAUGGAGGAAGAUGUCGCCUGGAUCGCAGAGGAACUUCCGGACUGGGAUACAGCGAUCUACGUCGCGAAUGAUCCCUCGGCUCCCCUGCACCCGCCGGUGAACAAGGGCAACGAGGUCAUGGUCUAUCUGACCUAUGUCAUUGAUUUCUAUGACGAUCUUCCCGACGUUUCGGUCUUUGUACACGCACACCAGAACGCCUGGCACAAUGAAAACCUUUUCGGCGGCGAUACUGCGGAGACCGUUAGGCGAUUGAAUCUAAACCGCGUGAUCCGAGAAGGCUAUAUGAAUCUCCGUUGCGGUCUCAGGCCCCGGGAAGAAGUCGUGCUUGCCCGAGCCUGGAGUGAAAUUUUCCCCGACGACCCAGUCCCGUCCGUCCUGGCGCAGCCGUGCUGUGCCCAAUUCGCUCUAUCAAAGGAGCGUAUUCGAACAAUUCCCCGCUCACGCUUCGUGUUCUACCGUGACUGGCUUCUGCAAACUACCCUGAGUGAUUACAUAACCGGGCGAAUUUGGGAAUAUCUUUGGCAAUACGUUUUCUCCGGCGAGCCGGUCUUGUGCCCGGAUGAGAGCGUUUGUCUAUGUGAUGGCUAUGGAUUCUGUUUUGGUGGUCUGGACAACUUUAGGGCUUUCCAGGAGGCGCUAGAAUUGCGAGAUGAGUUACAGCUUGAGGCUGAUAACUUCGCUUGGAUGUCGGAUGAUCUUGAGACGACCACGAACUUUGGUGAGCUAGAUGAGACUUUGGAUUUGAAUAUCCCUCCUCCUGGCGGCAAGGAUCAUGAAGAACCGUUGGCCGCUAAAACGCGGGAGGUGGAAGCUCUACUGGAAAAUGCCGUCGCCCGAGGGAACGACCCCAGGCUCCGUGCCGAAGAAGUUGGGCGACCUUGGAAAGAUGGCGAUGGUUUCUAG